CCGAUAGAUGUUCUCCAGGUCAAUCGUGCCCAACGUGAGGUUGCCAGUAUGCCGAUUAGCUGGGACAAGCAUCCACCCACAAUCCAAAGACUCAAGCGAAGGCUCGGCUAGUGACAGAAUAACAACAAGAACGUUCGCUCACGGAGCUGCAGUCCCACCCCUCAAGAACCCCCUACAACAGGCAUGACCACAUCAUCUUCCGCCCCUUCUAUCCGCUAAACCGGCAGCCGCCUCGUAGUGUCGCUUCUCCAAAGCCUGUCGAGUCGCCGUCGUCUUCUGGUAAGAAGAAGCCGUCUCGCAACAAGAGGCGGCUGGUGAACAACAAUUGCGACCCGGCCGUCGUUUCAGGAUUCCGCUCCCUCAACCAACGACCCGCCAAAAUCCCCGUACUCUCGCAACCGUCGCGGCUCAUCAGCACAACCUUACACCCCACGACAAGCGUUCCUCAUGUACUCUGCGAAGUCUGCUCCGGCGUUCCGUAUAACACUCACGUCAUUGCUACCUCCGCGAUCGUGCAUUGCGCGCAUGCCGUCCGCAUCUCGAUAUCUCUCCGGAUAAUAGGCGGCGUAGACCACACCACUACGCCGCCGCUUUCUUAGUCCACGAUACCGGUGGAUUUC